AUGGAUUUCGAGGAGUUUGAAGUUGAUAUCGAGCGAGCCAUCGAGAACUCCGAUCUAUCAAAAUCAUGCACUAUUACAGAAACUUUGGACUGGGUCGAUUCAACGUGGUAUGCGCCUGAAAGUAGGAAUGCUCGCUGGAUGGACCUAAUCGGCGACUAUGCCGGUGCAGAACCUUUCGUCAUAGAUGGUACUCGUUUGAUUUGUCAUUCUUUACUCCAAGUUGUGCUUGAUGAUCGUCUGCUCGCACUAGCGAAGGAUGACGAUCCAUCAUUUCAAAUCAUUCAUGCGAUCUAUUUACUAGAACACAUACUACAGAACUUUCGAAAUCGCUCAGCGAACUUCGAUAUCGUUUUCUUUGAUGUCAACCGACACCUAGUACUGCGAGCGGGCGAGUCGGAAUUUAUUGUUGCAUCUCGAGCCCUAGCCAGAAGACUCCUAUAUAAGCACCUCCAGUCGCUGGAUUCGGUGAAUACCUUCACUUUUACGAGUCUCUCCGACAAAAAUUGGCUCGACUAUCGUGUUCAAGUGAAGCCAAUGUUUGUCAUGGUCAAUGAUGGCGGUACACUGAAGGAAGGAGUCGGACAAUUCGCUGCCCAUCAAAUACUCACUCAACGAUUAUUUAUCUUCGAUUUACUGGCUAGUGGCUUGGCAAUGGCGCCGCUCCAGGGUGCUGAUUUCAAGGACACCAAGAUCUUGACGUUCAUUUUUGAAUCAAAGCUUCGCUCAAGCCGUGGAGGGCAUUUCCCCAAUGCUGUUUUAUCCGCGGGCGUCGCUGCCAGGGACAUUCUUACUAGUCACGAACAAGGGCCAUUCGAUCAAGUCCGCAGCUGCGUUCUUGGUGAAGCAUCAGUAUCCCCAUCUUUCUUCGACCUCUGCGCGACUCUGAAGGAUGUUGGAUUGUCAUAUCUUUCAACAUUCAAGAGCGACACUCAGCCGUUGCUACUUGCUGUUUUUAUCAUCCAUGUCAUUCUUCUCAAGAAUGUCUCCGUUCAGGAUCGAGCGCGGCGCCUGCCGCCAAUGAAACCUGACCUUUUCACUUCAUUGACGAAAUCCUUCCUACCUCAUAUCCUUCGAGCGACAGAAGCAGUCAUUGUAGCAAACGAUGCAUCCCUCGACAUUGAUAUUCGUGUAUUCCUUUGUAUCUUGCGCUAUCUUUCCGAGCAUCCAGCUCAAUCGUUGACGGAGGUCCUGGGACCGAAUGUGGUCAAAGAUGCAGACAAUAUCUUUUCUGAGUUGAAGCUCCCGCAUCUUGACUUUUCGCAUUUGAGCAUAUCUUUCCUUCCUGAAGACUUGUAUGAGAUACCAAUUCCCCUCAAGCUCCUUCCGUUUUCCAACCCAGUGUUCGACGAGGAGCUUUCUGCCGUCCGCAUUGUUACGGAGGGUAUUACGGAGGGUGUCACACGCCCCAAUCCCGUAGAUCCUGUGGCUUCUGGUGGAGAAGAGUCUGACGAGUGGGAUGAUAGCAGCACUAGUGACGAGUCCGCUGUUGUCCUCCCAUCCGCUCGUUCCUCUCAAAAUAAAACAUCAAAAGAGGAUACACACUUUUUUGACACGCAGCAUUGGCACAACAAUAAAAAAGCCAUUCUACCCAAGCCCCUCGGAGGAGAGGCUACAGCACCGAUGACUGAAUGGCAGCGUAAUCGGCAGCGUACUUGGAAGCUUCGUUCGGACCAGCGCUUUAUGAAGACCUUGCAUGACCAAGCUAGCACCCUUACAGGGGCGUUAGGAGCUGUCCUCGAACAAGUGAAAAUACCAUCUGUAGCGUCCCUUGCGAAUCAGCGUAACGUGAAGCCAAAAGUUGUUCACGUUCGUUCGUCAGGCAAAAGUACCAGCAAGCUAUCAAAAGCCGAUGCCAUCCGCGAACAGAAUAUUGCCAAAAAGGAAUCUAAACAAGUAUCUGAGUCUGCAGCAUGGAUCGCGUCCCGCAUUCAAGAGAUGGAAACCCUGGAUGGCGCUGGUCUCGAAAAGUGUCUGCAAGUUCUUGCCCGCAAUCCGCGAACUAAGGAGGCAUCCGUAGGCGCGGAACUUCGGGUCUAUCGUAUGCACCGUCUGCUCCGAGAGUGGAUCCAGUCCGCUAAUCCAGACUCUUCGGCGACUCGUGACAAAUAUUCCCUGUUGCUCAUGCGUCUCGUCAAGGCAGUUUGGGAGAUCGGCUUUAGCACAAAAGAGAUGGUUAAUGCAAUCACAAGCGUGUUAAUUACCCUCGGCUUCAGCGACUACAUCGAUGGUCUCGUGGUCUCAGGUUCAGCUGAUGACAGGCCGCUAACUUUUCGCUUCGUCAAGCUGGUCAAGUCCAAAACUAAGACCGCGGUCUAUGACUUUAUGCGAAUCCAAGAGCACCCUAUUAUUUGGCAACUCCGGCUAUUUGGGGAAUUCAUGGAUAGAAGUAUGGACAGUCAGGCUGACGCAAGAGUGACCUUCAAGCCAGAUGCGUGGCAACGCGAGGUGCUUGACGCUGUCGACCAAAAUAUGUCUCUUCUCGUCGUAGCUCCUACCAGUGCGGGGAAGACCUUCAUUUCGUAUUACGCUAUGGAGAAGAUUCUCCGAGGGUCUGAUGACGGGAUACUCGUUUAUAUUGCACCGACAAAAGCCCUUGUCGCUCAGGUUGCAGCCGAGAUUUAUGCUAGGUUUAGCAAGGAUCUUAAUGGUCGUGAGUACUCAUGUGCUCAUAUUCAACAAGUGAUCAUCACUGAUUCAAUUACAGGGAGCUGCUGGGCCAUUCAUUCCCGUGAUUACCGGGUCCACGAUCCGCAGAACUGCCAAAUCCUUGUCACCGUCCCUGAAAUGUUGGCGAUCAUGCUCUUAUCUCCUCCACUCGCCAAGAUAUGGACCCCCCGACUCAAAUAUGUCGUCCUUGACGAGAUUCACACAAUCGGCCAGCAGGAGGGCGGAGCUGUUUGGGAACAGAUUCUGCUUCUGUGCCCUUGUCCUAUCAUAGGUCUGUCUGCCACAGUUGGAGCACCAGAAAAGUUCAACGAAUGGCUCGAGAGCGUUCAGAAAGCGGGUGGGUUCCAGCACAAGUUCGUGCAUUAUCCCUAUCGAUACUCGCACUUGAGAAAGUUCUACUACAACAUCCAUGAGAAGCCGAGAGAUGCCUUCCAAGGCCUUUCAACGUACAAGACUACAGAAAGGAUGCGAUUUCUGCAUCCGCUGUCCAUUCUUUCGUCCAGUGCACGUUCUCUCCCCUCCGAUCUUGCAUUGGAAGCAGUGGAUACAUUGCAUUUAUAUCAUGCUCUAAGUAUGUGCAAAGCCCUCCAGCCCUCCAUUCUCGCUGCCCUCGAUCCUGCGGUAUUUUUUUCGUCUAGCAAACUGCUUCAGCAGAAGGACGUAAUCCAAUACGAAGAGGCUCUAAAACAGCACCUCGUCCCGUUGUUGUCCUCCUUCGAUUCGCAAGACUCCGGGACGCCGUUGUCGCGCGUCAUUAUCCAGCUCCAAGAUGAUGAUUUAUCUCGUAUCCCAGACAGAGUGUUGAACUCUGCACCUAGUCGUGUUGUAUCUAGUGACAAUAUCAUUCAUCUAGUCGCCGAUCUUCACGCACAGGGGGACCUCCCCGGUAUAUUCUUCUCAUUCGAUCGAACCGAUUGCGAAUAUAUGGCCAAAAUUUUGAACAGGGUGCUUGAGAUCAAGGAAGACAAAUGGCGCAAAACUAGUCCGGAAUGGAAACGCAAAAUGGCACAAUAUGAAGCAUACCUUCAGAACGCAAAAGAGCGGGAACGCCAAGCUGCACGAGCAUCGAAACAUAAGGCCGAUGAAGAGGAUAAGCGUGCUGACACGAGUGAAUGGCAAGCAUCCUUCAGACCUGAUGAUCCCCUGCCAGACUUCUCGUUCGCUGGUCAAAAUACUUCGUACACUGCAUCGGAACUUGACGAAGAUAUCACUCAUCUUGGGUGGCGGACUCCCCCUAUACCUGAAUGGGCAUUGAAAUGCUUGAGACGUGGGAUCGCUGUUCACCAUGCUGGUAUGAACAAAGGGUAUCGUGCUAUCGUUGAGAGUCUCUUUCGCCGUGGCUUCGUGCGCGUGAUUUUCGCAACGAGUACUCUUGCCUUAGGUAUCAACGCUCCGACCAAAACUUCGAUUUUCUGUGGCGACUCACCCUUCCUCACUGCACUCAUGUAUCGACAAUGUGCGGGACGCGCUGGACGGCGAGGAUAUGACACCCUCGGUAAAGUCGUUUUCUAUGCUCUUCCAAUGAGCAAGGUACAGAGACUAGUGCUUUCAAAACUGCCGUCCCUCUCUGCCAGUUUCCCUGUAACAUCAACUCUCGUCGUGCGCCUGUUCAAUCUGUUGGAGGGUUCCAAUUACUCCACAAUUGCUGUCGCUGCUGUGCAGCGGCUUUUCCGCCUCCCACAAAUCAGUUUUGACUCUGAAGAAGGAAGAUACCAGCUUUUGCACCAUCUACGUUUCUCGAUCGACUACUUGCGUCGUGCUCGUCUACUCGACGAGCAAGGGAAGCCGCUCAAUCUUUUUGGAAUAGCCGCACGCCUGUAUUACACGGAGCCUAGCAACUUCGCCCUAGUUGCUUUGCUUCGCAGCGGCGUGAUCCAUAAGAUUUGUGCGCAGUCUGACCUGAAGCUUGCGAAGCGCGACUUCAUCCUGUUGAUGGCUCACCUCUUUGGACGGCGGUACCUGCCUCCUGCUUGCAUGAAAGAGGAGUACAUCACGAAGGUGGUGAAGAAGUCGCCAUCAAUGGUCGUACUGCCACCACUGUCUAAGAUAGCUCGUGACGUGCUCAUAGACCAAGAGCGCGAAAUCCUCCAGAUUUUCACCGGAUAUGCCCUUACCUACGGAACUCAGCACCAAAAGGACCUUGAGCCCGAUCAUAUUCUACCUCUUAGCAAAAGGGAUAUAUCGGGUAUUGCGGAAGAUGAACCAUCGCUCAUUUGCCACCAUCUUCAUCAUACCGCGAUCCGCGUUGUCGCACGGUCGCUCUUUGUGGCUAACUCGGGUCACGAUGAUCACUUCAGCAGUGUUCGCGACCUCGCUCAAACGGCUCGACGUGGACUCAAUCUGAACGAACACACCAUCCCAUCGUUCGAAGGUAUCACCGGGAGAACCAACCAAGAUGAUAGACAGCACACGCUGAACGCAUACCUCCUUGACUUCUACAUGCACGGACAGGUGGCGGCUCUUGCCGCUGCGAACGCAAUCAGGCGGGGUGACGUUUGGUAUGUAUUGGAGGAAUUUGAUCUCACGCUAAUGACUGUGCGUGGGGUACUUGAGCAACUCCUUCAAAAGGGGUCCGUUGGCGGAAAAGAUGCGACACCAGGGAAUGCAGACCUUGAUGAGGAGGCGGACAGUGGAUAUGCAUCCCUUGAACCAGUCCAGUGGGAGGAUGAAGAAGAGGAGGCGUCUGGGAAGCAGGGGCAGGGAGGGUGGGAAUCAACGCAGCGACCGCCAGGAGUGUCGGGUGCGGACUGGAGAGUUUUCGAAGUGGUCAACGGUGCGCUCGAGGAGUUCCAUGAAAAGUUCAAGGCUAUGUGGGCCUAAAUGUGUGCGAGUUCAUACUUCAUUGCUCAAACUUGUGCAUAAAUCGACCAUUCUGCUGCCACUGUUAGCGUACACCUAGUACACCUCAGCGUUCUUUCACAAAUAAAUGUGCAAAUAUACUACAGUCAUCGAACUGAACACUCGUUGAACUACUAC